AUUGAGUAGGAAGUUUGUGUCAGCAAGUAUCUGAACAGCAGAAGACUCCUUGAUUUUGGUGAAGUUAUGUGCUAAACAUGUAUUUGUGAACUGUGGUUGGGUAUGGAAUAGCUGCCCAUACCCUCCAGACUCCUUGGGUAUAUCUACACUUAUAAUAGUUUACUAUUUUUACUGUCAUGACUCUCUCCUAUAGAAUUCUGAUAUUACUAGCAAACUUCUGCUAGAACCUGGCUCUGGGAUCAGGCUUUCGGAGAAUAGAGCAGUUCAAUAAUAGAUUUGGAAUAUGUUUAAUGGCUACAGAACGGCCUUAGACUACGAUUUCUGGAUAGCACGAUUUUAAUAUUAAAUAUAAUGUUUUUAAAUGUUUAAUAUGUAUUAAUUUUAAUAUUUUAAGUUUAAUGUUUUGUAUGUGUUUAAGGCAUUGAAUAAUUGCCAUAUGUAAGCCGCCUUGAGUACCUUCGGGGUAGAGAAAGGCAGGACAUAAAUAGGGUAAAUAAAUAAAUAGAAAGCUUUCAUUCAUUCCCUGGGAACAUCUGUGGUGAAUUCUAAGUUCCUUGCCAAACUGUUAAUUACAAGAUUUCACUACCUUUUGCGGGUGGCAAUGGAAGAGAUAUAAAAGUGGCACAUUCAUGUCAUGUGAAUCCAUUGUUUGGAGAAAGCCCUCUAUAAGAGACCAAGGCUCCAUCUAUGAAAGGCGUUGAAAAUCCCAAGAGCAAGUUAAGCUUUUCCAAUGUCAGCUAUGUAGACGGCACUCCGCUAAGUGAGCUCUCCUGGUCCUCCUCUCUGGUGGUUGUGGCUGUUUCCUUCUCUGGGCUCUUCACCUUCAUCUUCCUCAUGUUGGCCUGUUUGUGCUGCAAGAAGGGGGGCAUUGGCUUCAAGAGCUGGAGAAGCGAAUCCCGGGAGAAGAGACUGAGGAUGGUUUUGAGGUGUCUGCCCUGCACGGGGGCCAGCACAGUGCCCAAUACAACCUGUAAUGUAGAACUGGGGAACCCCGGGCAGCCCUCCCCCUGCCCCCUGACUAAGGAAUUUGAUAAUGCUGAAGGAGAAGAAUAUGCCAGUGAAUUCUCAGCCCAGGGCUCACCAGCCACACAAAAUGGGCCCGAAGUCUACAUUCUGCCUCUCACUGAAGUCUCCUUGCCCAUGUCCAGGCAGCCUGGGCGCUCAGUGCAGCUGCUCAAGUCCACUGACCUGGGGCGUCACAGUCUGCUGUACCUCAAGGAAAUUGGCCAUGGAUGGUUUGGCAAGGUGUUCCUCGGUGAGGUGAAUGCAGGGCUGAGUAGCACUCAAGUGGUUGUGAAAGAGCUCAAGGCCAGUGCCAGUGUGCAAGAUCAAAUGCAAUUCCUGGAAGAGGCCCAGCCAUACAGAGCGCUCCAGCACACCAAUCUCCUGCAGUGCUUGGCCCAGUGUGCCGAAGUGACACCUUAUCUGCUGGUGAUGGAGUUCUGCCCACUGGGUGACCUGAAGGGCUACCUCCGGAGCUGCCAUGCCGCCGAAGCUCUGGCUCCUGAUCCUCUGACGCUGCAACGCAUGGCCUGCGAGGUAUCCUGUGGCUUGCUGCACCUUCACCGCAACAACUAUGUACAUAGUGACCUAGCACUGCGGAAUUGCUUACUCACAGCUGACCUGACUGUCAAAAUUGGCGACUAUGGGCUUUCUCACUGCAAAUACAAAGAUGACUACUUUGUGACAGCUGACCAACUGUGGGUACCGUUGCGCUGGGUGGCACCUGAGCUCAUUGAUGAGGUACAUGGCAACCUCCUUAUUGUCGACCAGACCAAGACCAGCAAUAUUUGGUCAUUGGGUGUGACCAUCUGGGAGCUCUUUGAGUUGGGUGGACAGCCCUACUGUAACUACUCGGACCGGCAGGUGCUCACCUAUGCCAUCAAGGAGCAGCAACUGAAACUCCCCAAGCCACAACUUCCACUCUCACUAUCUGACCGUUGGUAUGAGGUGAUGCAGUUCUGCUGGUUGCAACCAGAGCAGCGCCCCACUGCUGAGGAGGUGCACCUCCUGCUGUCCUACCUAUGUGCCAAGGGUGCCUCUGAGGCAGAAGAAGAGUUUGAGCGACGCUGGAACUCUAUGAAACCUGGUGGUGGUGGCUCAGGCUCAAGCCACAUGGGUAUUGAGCUUUCAUCCUUUCCACUCCUGGAGCAUUUCUCCAAUGAUGGUGAUGAUGUCCUGACUGUCAUGGAGACCAGCCACGGUCUCAACUUUGAAUACAAAUGGGAUCAAGGCAAAGGCGAUCACUUACCAGCUUCAGCUAUGAGCCCCCGGGGUGCUGCCCGCUAUCAUGAGCUUUAUUAUUCAGCCAGUGGCAGCAGCGGUGGUGGUGGGCAACUCAGCUUGGGGGUCUCACCCUCCUGCUAUGAGUGCAAAGUGCAAGGCUGCCCAGGCCUGCAUACACCAAGUGUAGUUCCUGUGUUGAGUGCCCACAGCCCCUCCCUGAACAGUGAGUACUACAUCCGCAUCGAAGAGGCAGCCUCUGAGGGCAGUGGAGCCGACCUUGAUUACACCAUGUGUUCCUACAGCCCAGAGUUUGGCCGCUCUUCUCAUUGGCAAGCCAAUGAGGGUCACUAUGAGUCAAACAGUAGUCCCACUGUCUCCCUCACCAUGGAACCCCUUUUGGGCCACUCGGCACAUGCUGACAGCAUUUGGGAACCCCCUGACUAUUACUCCUAUGGAGGACCAGGGGACAAGGAGGUCCCAUAUUAUGAGGCCUCACCAAAGGAUUGUGCUGAAAACUACCUGCUAACAGAGGCUGGUGCCUCUGAGUGGCCCAUCCCAUCCUUGCAAAAAGGCAUUUUUGCAGACCCACUGGGUGUCUCUCCUUCAGUGACCUACACUUAUAAGGAGACUGUUUCAGAAUCAGUAGCUUUGGAAAUUGGGGAAGAGGAGCAGGAAGACGAGGAGGAUGAGGAGGAGGAAGAAGAAGAGAGCUCAGGCGAUAGCCCCAGGAGCAGAAGGAGUAAGAAUGGUGAGUCCCCUUCCUCCAGCAAGCAUUGGACAUCCAACACCUCAGCCAGUAAUAACAGCAGCCACCCACUGUCCCCGUGUGAACUGCCGGCCAAUGAUAGUUGGUGCUAUAGACACAUGAUAACAUUCCAGGGGCUCAUGGCCGAGCCACUGUGCACAGUGCCACGAGAGGAGCCAACGCUAGGGAUCAGGGACCUGAGAGCAGCCCUGCUGGGUGAGGAGCAUGUGCCAUCAUCUCACGCAGGCUCCCCUUGCCUUGACAUUGGUUUUCCUAAAAAGGGUAAGAUAUCACCCCAAGUUGCCAGCACAGAGAUGGGAGCAGAGGACUCAGCAGAGGAUCCCUUGACAGAAUUUGGAGUAGAAUGCCAGCAAGACAGCACGCCACCAUCAGAGGAAGAUCUGGUUGCAGCAGAAUCACUGUUGUCAAAAUCUACACCAGAUCCUGCCCACAGCUCAUCUGCUGAGGACACCACUUUGCCAGAAGAGUUAACAGGUGAGGUGGAAAGAGCUGGGGAAAAUCCAAUAGCUGUAGAAGAGGCUUCAGCUGAACCCCCACCCAAGAUGCUACAGGAAAUCAAUCUAGAAAGUGGAAAGAUUACCAACAGUGAACAGGACAGAACACCAGACAAGACUGUUUCAAGCACUAGCUUCCCUGACUUAGAUGAGGGCAGUGAUGAUGAUGAUACAGCUGAACUUACAUCUGGAGUCUUCACAGACUUCUCAGUUGACUGUACUGAGCGACAGGAUAUAAUGCCCGCCUUCAAGUCCUUGCAGAAGCAGGUGGGGACUCCUGACUCUCUGGAGUCAUUGGACAUCCCUUCUACCACCAGUUCCUGUGAGGCAUUCAGCCCUACAGCCUAUGUGCCCUCAAGCCAACCAAAGGCCCUGGACAGUGGCUAUGACACAGAGAACUAUGAGUCACCUGAAUUUGUCCUUAAGGAGCCUCAUGAGCCACGAGAUCCCGAGUCUUUUCCUCAGGUAGGGAUGACCCAGGAUGACAAUGGGGAGGGCCAAGCCAAAGAGCUCAGCCUCUCUGAUUCAUUUAGCACUGGACUGCAAGGCCUGGAUGAAAAAAACCCUUACCGUGACUCAGCCUACUUCUCUGACUAUGAUGCUGAGGGGGGGAUGAGGGAGGAUGGUGAAGAAGGGGAUAGUGAUGGUUCUGAAGGGCAUGAGUCAGAUGUUUCCCAAGCACACAUCAAAGCAUUGGAGAAAAGCCUUGACCAAAAUGGCCCUGCAGGUGAAACACGCUCCCUUUCUCCUCCUGAACCCACUUGCCCAGAUAGAGACAGCAUGGAAUGUGUGUCUCCAGUGACUAAGGAGAAGGGCACAAGGGAAGGCACCAGUCCCAGUUUGUCAGAAGAGGUGUUGGCAAAUGGAGUGAUUGUAGAGGAACUGGACUCAAACCUGCCUAAGUGUAAAGAUGAGGGGACUGUCGCUGUACCCCAAACAUUGGCCUCUAGCACCAGGUCCUUUUUCUUGUCACCUGUGGUUGUGGAUCCAGAGGUACCUACUGUGGUGGAUGGAGAGGAGGGUGGAGGGGUAGGGAAGGCAGGACUGGAAAGUGCCUCAAAGGAGGUGGAGCAUCCUGAGGAAGUGGCACAGGGUGUUAGCAAUCAGGAAGAGCCGCAGAACAGCUCUGGGCUCUCACUAGACCUGUUAGUUGCACCAUCCCAGCCUUCAUCUGUCCCUGCUGAUGUGGAGGAAGAGGAGGAGGACACAGAGGACAGUGAUGAGUCUGAUGAGGAGCUGCGAUGCUACAACAUCCAGGACCAGAGUGAAGAUAGUGAGGAGGAUUCACCCACUGUUCCCAUAGUGGUUGCUGAAAGCCACAGCACCCGCAACCUGCGUAGCCUGCUGAAGAUGCCCAGCCUGCUGGUGGAGACCUUCUGUGAUGACCUUGAACGCAAGAAGAAAGCUGUCUCCUUCAUUGAAGAUGUCACUGUCUACCUCUUUGACCAGGAAAGCCCCACGAAGGAACUUGCGGAGCUGCCCUUCCCAGGGGUGACAGAGCCUCCCAUGGCAUCAGUCCCUGAGCAGAAGGAGAGCAAUGGUUCUCCAAGCCCAGCAGACAAAAACAAUUCUACACCCAAUGGCAGCAGCUCCUCCUCAGAAGGGAGCACCUCUGAAGAAAGUACAGCUGGUGGGUUUGAGUGGGAAGACGACUUCUCACUCAUGCCGGUGAAACCGUCUGUCGUGUCAUCACUGGCAUCAGUGGCACCUGAGCCUGCCCUCUCCGGACUGCCCUCUACACUUCUACCCGCUCAGAAGCAGGUGCUGCCCAUCCAGUUUUCACGUUUCACUGUCUCACCUGCCCCAGCAUCUCGGUUUUCCAUCACACACGUCACUGACUCAGAUGUCGAAUCUGUAGCAGGCAGCAGUGAAAAUGGUGACAGAGAGUGAGUGCAGCCACCUAUUUCCUUUUGGACUUCUCAUCUUGCCCCUGCCCCCUGCUCUGCCCAGCAUUGGUUUCUGCACUGGGGCAAAGGAUUCAGGACAGAGACCCAGAACCUGGCUGAAGUAGAAGAACUCUGUGGGUCUCCCGCUCUUAUUUUUUUAAGAGGCAGAUUUUAUUGGAUGGACCUUGACUGCUUCAAGGCUGGAGCUGCCCUGCCCUGCAGUGGCAAAGAUGAUUUGUGAUGAGCGUGUGGAUGUGAGAGUGUGUGCGUGCGUGUAUGUAUGUACAGGUAGGCAAAUAGCAUUUAAAGGGUAGAUCUUUGACCUCGCUAAUACUUCUGGCCCCCCACCCGAGCCAUUUUUGACACCCCUUGUCUCUGUAACUCAUGACUCUUGAUGUUUUGAUUCACAUUAGCUUCCCACGUUGGGGCAUUGCCUUGGGACACACCACCUCCUGCCUAUUGUGUAAACUUGCCAUGUCUUUUUUCCAAACCCAGAUAGGCAGAUAUAUAUAUAUCUGAGAGACUGAUCCUUGUAUCUUGGCCAUUUAGAUAUUUUGUAGUCAAGCAAGAGAGAGAACGGUAGGCCAUAUGCCAGGAGCACUCUGGGGUGCUGGUCAGUGUUAGGUGUUGUUCUAACUGGAGGGGUGCGGGACGCUGUAGCCAUUUACCUCCUUUUGUUGACCACCCCCUCCAUACAAACAUUUGUCACCUGCCCCAUGCCAUUUGCCCAACUGUAACACAGCUGGGGCACUUGCCAUUUGGGGGUUUUCCAUUCAUUUUGUGAGCCUUGCUUAGAGACUGUUCUCCCUGUUUUAUUUACUCAGCUGCAGUAAAUGCCACCGCCUCCACAUUUUGGCCAAAAUCAUUCUGAGCAGCACAGCAGCUGUGCCUUAAUGGUCCCCUCUCCAGCAUGCCCCCUUUUACCAACCCCAGCCUCAGAGGAAAGCAACAUUUUUUCUGGACUUGCCUUUUUGUGGAGGUGGCAUGGAUAGGAAGGAAAAGGGGAAUGUAAAGAAAUAGCAGGUCAGCUUGCUUCAAUGGCUUAUUGGCUGGGAGAAACUCUGUGAAGCUGGGAUCCUCUUGUCUGCCCCUACCCUACCCACGCAAUUGCCCCCCAUCCCAAUUAUUUAAGUGGCACCCUUCCUGGUGAGUCAAAGUCUGCCCCUGGCAGGCGGCAGGAUGUCCGUCAGCCAAACCUUGUGCUGCGGGGAGAGACUCCUGUUUCCCUUUGUAACUCCUAUAUAGUAUUUCCCAUGCAGGAGGAGCCUCCUGAGAAGAUGUGUAGCAGAAGCAGGUCAAACUGCCACUGGGACUAUUUUUGUAUAAAAAUUUACCCACCGCUAUAUCACCUGCCCUAACAGAGUAGCGGAUUUCAGUUGUUGUUGCCAAAGAGAUGUAAAGAGUUAACACUUUUGUCUUGGCGUCUUUGGGGGGGGGGGGUUAGGAGAGUAAAGAGCAGAUGGGAGAGAACUUGAUUGCUUUUGGGUUUUUUAGUUAUUAAUUUUGAUUAGUUUUAAGGCUUAGGAUAAUUGUGCAAUUUGAAUUAGGAUAGAAAAGGAAAAAGCUGAGAGGAGAAUGACACUGAGGGGCUGUAGCUUUUUGAACUGUAGACCAUAACAUGCUGACUUUCAAACUCAAGGAGCAAACUGAGAGAGAGUUGUGCCAUUCUCCAACAGAACUGUCUACAUGCAAUUUAGUUUGUUCUUUUUCUUUGUUAUUGUGCUCUCACUUUGGUGGCUGCUUUUCCUCUCGCCUUCAGUUGAUGGCCACAAAGGGGCAUAAUGAUGCACUUUAAUAUUUACAUGCGCACACACACAUUUACUUGCAUGUCAGCCAAUCAUCCCCAUCAAAUGGUGCUCUCAGUUUACAGUGGUAAUGGUGGCAUUAAUAUUUUCCUUCUUCUUGACUUUUCCUUCCUCUAUCACUACCAUCAAUUUUAGUCAACUCUUCGAAGUUUGCUUGGUAAAAGGCUAUAUUCCUAAAUACAAUGACCAUGCCUCAGUGGAACUUACUUCUGAGUAAAUACUCUUGGAGUCAUGCUGGUUGCUUUUGGUAGUUCUUAACUCUUCAUAUCAUCUGCACCAGGUAAGAUGUCAAGAAAUAGUAACGCCAAGGACUUUCUGACUUAAGUUUUGCCUUCUGAUGGGAGACCUGUACUCCAUGUUUCUCCAUCUGAUUCUUCUUCUUCAGCCUAGAGCGUUGCACCAGGAUUCACUGAACCAGGCAAGGUUGUUUCCUGGUUGAACUCUGGAUUGAUGAGGGGAGACUGAAUAGAAAAAUGGCAGUAUUUGUGGCCUUCUUGCUAGUGUAGAAAAGGGAAGGAAGAGGGGUCCUUAAGACAUAUUGUAAUCUCUCUUUCUAGUACUCAGCUGUGCAGGGAGAUUGUGGCUUCUGUAAUGACUACUCAGUAAGAAAAACAAGAACCUAUUUUACAGUCAUUUAUGUGCAUCACACAUGUGAAUAAGCACUUCUGGAAACAACAAUCGCAGGCUGUCCUUCACUCUCCACUCGAACAGCCCCAGGAACCAAUUAUGAAAAGAUUUCAGGUUUGUAAUGUCCCCAAAAUUUGUGGUCUAACUGACAAAUUUUUAAGGGGCAGCUGUGUGGUUUCUCUUUGUUUCUAUGAUUUGUGGAUAUAAUUUGAUGUGUAUUGUAUUUGAGUUGCCCUGACCCAUCCUGUGCGAGUCUGUUAGUUGCCAACAUAGAUGCUGGUCAUUGCAGAGCUGGGAUCAACUAAGAACUGUAGGGAAAAGAACAGGCACACAGCAUCCUUCUAUCUGUUUCUGGCCUAGGAUGCAUCUAGAGUUGAAGCAAUUGUAAGUAGGCAACCUGAAGAGACUCUUUCAUGGAGGUUCAGAUUAUUUGAAUUGCUGAAUUGCAUUCUGUUCCAUCCCCCAACAUCUUUGCCAGCAUUUUGAUGCCUAGGAGCAAGUUGUAGUACCUGCUGCACUCUUGCAGCCAAAACCAAGUCAGAGAAUUUGGCUGUUGAAAGAGGGAAGGGAGGUGAUGCUUUAGUUACCCUCCCCAUUUGCCUGAAAUACUUUUAGCAAUAGGAUUUACUCCCUUAAGUUCUCCCAAAAAGCUGUUUUGCAUAGUUGGGGAACCAUCUGGGACAGCUGAAACACUGCUCCCUUCCUUGUAGCAGUGCUGCUCUGAGCACAUCUUUGCUCAAGUGCAGUUUCUAUAGGCUAAAGAAAAGCUAAAUCCAUUUUUGUUCUAGAAUGGGUGCCCCCAUUCACAUUUGGUUGGGCACCUCUGCAUAUUGCUGCUCUUCAGUUUUCCUGUGACUUUGUUUUGUGCUUAAAAGAUGUCACAAAAUCAAGACUUUUUUUGUGGAAGGAACAGAUAAUGUGGUAGCAGCCUUUCUGUGUGUAAAGAACGUGCCUCUGAUCAAAUUUGUGUUCCAAGAGCCCUUUCCAGACUGGUGGACUUAAGUCCUAAUGGAACAGGCAGAGCCUGCAAAAGCCUUUUACUCUGGAGAAAGCUAUAAAGCAUCAGUGCAAAAAAGGUGGGUGGAAGUCAAACAUUACUGCCUAUAAAGCUGUGUGCAUAUUUACCUCUGAGACCAAGUUACCCUAAACCCAAUAUCCAUAGCAAAAGAAUAGCCAUUGGCAAAAAGAGAAAAAUGCAUUCCCAAACAGAUACAUUUAUCUGCCUGCAUGCCUUCUAGUGAACUGAGCAGAUGACGUGCCAACAAGCACAUUCAUUCUUCCUUAUUCCACCACUGGGAGGCAUUUGGGCAGAGAAUCAGCUGUCGCAGCCAGGGAUGAAAUCAUUACAACUCCAGGCACACUAGUUUAAGUAUCUGUUUGAGGCAAGGCUUUAGGAAACUCCACCAAAGAAAACUUGGCCUUGCACUGCAGAAUAGCCCAUGUGGUUUUCUGACCUUGAUGGGGCAAACACAACAGGUUGUGUCCAUUGGUCUAGCUGUCCUCCACAUCUCUGUGCCAUGGGAAACCAUUGGAGAAAAAAAUAGUACAGUUGGGUGCUUCUGUGUUUAUAUUUGCAGGAGUGAUGGCACUGCCACAGGUACAUGUGUGGAGAGUGCUUUUCCAUUCCAAGUUUUAAGAGAAGCCAUUGGAUACAUUCCCAUCACUCCACCUGAAAUGGCACAGCAAUAAGAUGAAGAGCUUCAGCGAGGCAAAGGUACAGUGAGUUCCACAGAGAGCACUUCAGGGACUGGCCGUUACUAAGCAUCUUCAUCAUUGCUUGACCCUCCAUUGCAUUCCUUUUGGCACUGGACCUAAACAGGAAGCUCCUAGAGGUACAUGGUCUAUAGAAUCAAAAUGAUUUCAGUCCCCAAGUGACUGCAUGAGAACAUGAGCUAGAGCUAUGUUUUGGUUUACGUUUUUCUUUAUUUAAAAAAGUGAGAAAAAGAAAGAGGCGCUAUUUACAGUGUAUAUUUUAUUGAUACGGGUCAUAAUUGCUGUAUUUUUUAUCAGUGCUGAUUUCCAUACAGCUCCCAGCAUGUGUGUCAAAUACCAUUGGUCCAAUAACAACGACAACAACAACAAAAAUAAAACAUUUUUAAAAUAAAAAUAAUAAACCUC